UUCCUGAGUUGGUAGCAGUGGCUGUGUUUCUUUAGCUAUUUAGUCACCAGUUAAAUGUUUCUUUUCUUUGUGUCUCUUAAAAUAUUUAACGCUUUAAAAAAAAUUACACCUAGUUUUACAUAGAAACAUUCGACAUGUCUAAAGGAAGAUUACAGCCUAAAGACGAAGCUACAAUACAACAGAAUUACGUUUAUUUAAAAGAGAAUUUAGAAGCGUUGGAUUUAGUGGAUUACUUGUUUCAAUGUGCAGUGAUAACGACUCAUGAUAAAGAACAGAUUUAUUCAGAAAAAAUAAAGAAACAUAGGAAUGAAAUACUUCUUAACAUUUUGUUAAACAGUGGAGCUGGUGAUUCAUUUGAGAUAUUUCUGAAGUCUCUGGAAGCUCAAUACAAAUCAGUACUUCAACUAUUAUUAGGAGAAGGUAGAACAUUAAAGGACGCAACGAAUCAAGGUCAAGGUGAUUCCAUUCUGAAAAAAGAAAACGCUGAACUACUGGAAGCAUUAGCUGUGGAAAAAGAAAAGAAUAUGAAAUUAAACAUUGAAAUAGACCAUCUUAAAAAGACACAAAGAUGUCUAAAAUGUCGACAAGAAGAUGUGCAUCAAGCAUGUGACAGCGAGAGUCAGUCGGACAAUACCAAGAAGAAAACGUUUAUUCAUGAUAUCGAGAAUACUACACCAGAGUUUGUGUGUGAAUUAACAGGCCUGUCAGAGAUCAAAUGUGUAGACAACUGUCCUCAUAUAAUAGGUCAACAUGAGCAUCAGAUCACAAAGAAUGGAGAAACUGACCUACAGAUGUGUAAGGCUUUAUGUACAAAAAACCCAGGUCAUGUCAACUUUAUGGAACUUGACAAGUUCAGUCUUCAACAUUUACCUGAUGGUUACAAAGAUAUACAAAUGGUAGAAUACGUGAAAGCAGUGGCCGGCUUUGUAGUAAAAGUUAGUGUCACUAAGACCAGUCCAUACAGACCAAAGUUUUGGCAUGACACUCAGAUUCCUUAUCCUUUGUAUGACGCCAGGGGGCAGUCAUAUUUGAGAACAGGAAGCGGGGUGAUACGCGGGGUAGAGAAAUGUUCAGAUACAGUUCAUCCAUUCAAGAAAUGCCCUUGCUACAAGUGCAAAAUUUCGGACGAACCAAGUAAAAUUUGGUGGAAAAUAUACAUAAACACCGCAGCAAAUUUAGUCUUUGACUAUGCAGAGGCACGAGAAACAUCGGUAACUUUGUUUUAUGAUUACGAAAACAGUCCAACGGUUACUUUAGAGAAAAUAUUUGACCACAGUAUUGAAUUUAAGGAAGACUCUUGUGGUUUAGUCUAUGUCUCUUGCGACAGGGAUAAGAGAGAACCACUAACUAGGCUGGAGGAAAUGAGUAGCUAUUUAGCAUUAGUCAUAAAUAAGAUAAAUGUUUUUAGACAACCUGGCAAUAAUGACAAUUUUAUAUUUACAGUGUCGCAUCCUCACGGGUGUUGUAAAAUGGUCAGUCUCGGUCAUUGGAAUGAGAAAUAUAAAAUAGGUGAAAGACACUGUAAGUUUACUUACACAGCUAGCUCAUGCCCUGGUUGUGUUGGGGCUAGAGUCAUAAUCAUGGGAUAUCCGAUAUUUCAGGUUCAUAGUGGAUGUUUACGAUCAGGUUUAAACUACACUAGCAAAAAAAGAGUCCCAUAAACAGAAGGGAAAAAUAGAGUCGCAAAGUGGUAUACUUUACCAUGCGUAAUAACUAAUGUUUUAAAAACAUUUUUUACUGCAAUAAUUUAUGUUGUAAAAUCAAUCUAUCUAUCUAUAUAUAAUUCUCUUGGUUGCUCAAGAGUUUUGACGAGAAGAAGAAGUAAAUGAAAGAUCGAUCUCUUAUUUCUGCGGAUGGUCACCCCACGAAAAAAACAAGAGGGGGGGGGGGAGAACAAGUAUUCAACGGUCACUACGGAUGGCUGCCUGUCGUUUGGAUUUAUCAAUCCUUGCCCCCUUCGUCCUUCAACUCUGAAAGAACAUCCGAAACAUGUAAAACAUUUUACAAUCAAACAUUUAACAAACACUAAACAGCAGCGCCGGACUUAACCAUUGUGACCAAGAAGUCAUGGAAAGAGAAGAAGUAAUCUGCUAUGUAUAUUCACCCGUAUAUUCACCCGUCACCAAAUAGCAAGGCCGGACUUAACGAUUGUGGGGCCCUAUGCGAAACGGAUUUCGCGGGGCCAAGUUUGGGUAGGGAAGCGGAUUAUAAGUGAAAUUUAACAGUUUGUAUUAGAAAAUAAAUUUGUCUAUGCAUAUUAUUCCUUGUGUGUAGCAAAGUCAUACAGUAUAUUAUAAUAAUUCUGUUUCAUACAUACAUGACGCUCAAUAGCAAGAAUUACCAAAUGUUUGAAUCUAUCUUUGAGAAUUAUUGACUUCAAGUAAUUCUUCAUUAGUUUGAGGUGCAAGAAGCUUCUUUCUUCAGAUUACACAAUUACGGCUAAUGCAUAAUGCCGUUUUUAUUUAUCGCGCGGAUUGGCGUUUUCCAUAUUGACACGCCAAAAUUACAAUUUUUGUCUAUAUAUUUCCUUAUAUUUUAAGGGCUUUUUCGUAUAUUUUGUAAUUUCGGGAGAUUUCCAGGAGCUCCUGGUAAAUUGACAGGAGGGCGCGGAAAAUCUGUUAUAAGUUAUAAUAUGGUUUAAUUGAAUAAUUUAUACACCUUGAAUUAGCGCGGGUUCUAUUAAAGAGCGGAUCCUUUGACAGUGGGGGCCCACAGCGGUCGCAUAUGUUGCAGUGGCCUAAGACCGGCCAUGGAAAAUAGCGGCGUACGCUACUCCGCCUGUCGACUAGUUUUAUUUAAUUCAAACAGAUUUAUUUAUCAUUGGGAAAGAAAAAGAAAGGGGACUUUGGGGACAAAGCGGUAGUCGGCGUGGGUUUUUUACAGCAUAGGGUAAUAUUCCCGCUUCUUGUUAUUCUAAUAUUUUCUACUAAACUUCUAUUUUAAUCUAAAGUUAAAAGUCAUUUGGAUAUCAUAGUUUUGGUUGUUGGUUUCAUUGAUGUAUAUAUAUAUAUAUAUAUAUAUCUUUGUGGAUGAUUCUGUAUUUCUAAUACAUUUCUACGCUGUUUCAAUUAUCAUUCUGGUGUUCUUUGAUAUGUGUAUAUGUGAGUUAUAUACACAAACAACAAUACAAGUAGAGCUACAUCGCGACAGGGCUAACGAUCCAUACACAGUUCCAGCGUCAACAGUCGGGCCUCCAGAACCGCACCAGACAACGACCAGUUGAAGCAGGCGCCAGCACACUGCUCGCGUCUUGUGACAGGGGUUAACGGUUAAACAAAUUAUAUGACCAGUUGCAGGAAGUAAUAAUAUAAUAAAUAAAACACUAGAAGCUGAGCCGGUGAGUAAUGCUCGCCUAACAACAUGGGCGUAGCCAGGGGGGGGUUCUUGGGGUUCAAACCCCCCCCGAAAUGAAAUCCCCCCUCUUGCGGGGGGGGGACGGAAUUAAGUGACUGAUUUUUGCUUUGAUUUUGUUUAAUUUAGGUGAGAUUUUAAUACUAAAUCAUCACUUACCACAGCACAGCCGAGGCAGUUUUUAGUUAAAAACCCUAUACCAGAGGGUUUUGAGUUUAAAUCCCCCUACCAGGGGGUUUUGAGAUUUUAAAAAACCCUAUCAUGGGGUUUUGAGAUACAAAACCCUCUACCAGGGGGCUUUGAUUUUGUUUAUUUUAGGUGAGAUUUUAAUACUAAAUCAUCACUUACCACAGCACAGCCGAGGCAGUUUUGAGUUUAAAACCCUCUACCAGGGGGUUUUGAGCUUAAAUCUUCCUACCAGGGGGUUUUGAGAUUUAAAAAACCCUGAUAUCAGGGGGUUUUGAGAUACAAAUCCCUCUACCAGGGGGCUUUGAGUUUAAAACCCCCUAUAGGGGGUUUUGAAUUUUAAACCCCCUACCAGAGGUUUUUGCAGUUAAAUCCCUCUCUUCUAUAAAACAAAACAAAAAAAAUGCAAACAACAAUCCCCAAAUUCCAACAGCACAGUUGAGGAAGAUUUUGAUUUUAAAACCCCCUCCAAAAUUUACGAUAAACCCCAUCUUCAAUAUAAAAAAAGCAAAUUACACACUCAAAAUUCUAUGAGCGUAGCCAAAGGGGUUUUGAGUUUAAAUCCCCCUUCUCCAGAUGGCUUUUUCUUUAAAGUUUAAAACCCCUCCAGAGGGUUUUGAGUUUAAAAUUCCGCUACAGAGCGUUUAGAGUUGAAAACCUCUCUCUUCAAUAUUAUUUUAAAGCAAACUACAGUCACCAAAUUCUAUCAUCGUAGCUAAAUGGGGUUUUGAAUUAAAAACAAAACAAAAAAACUCCAGAGAUUUCUUAGUUUAAAACCCCUCAACAGAUGAUUUGACGAAAAAACUUUCCUUUUCGAUAUAAAAUCUAAAGCGAAAUACAGGCAUGUAAUUCCAAGAGCGUAGUCAAGAAAUUGAAAAUCAUUAAAUGUAUCUCAACAAAGAUGGCUAAGACAGAUUUUAGGAGUCAGUCAUAGAGAUCGGGUCUAAAUUAAAGAAAUCAUAUGCCGAACUGGGAGUCGAAUCCUUAGUAAGGUUGUGACAGAGCGUCGCAUGAGGUUUUGCAGGACAUGUUCUCACACAAAAUGAAUUACGCAAAAUAAGAGUUGCGGAAACAGCUUGCCGGAAAAUGCGCCGAACGGCGCGCGAGGGUCUAAGUCAGUAAGAAUAGCACAUUAGGUUUUUGAAAUAAAACUUUUUAAAGCAAUAUAAUGCACUGUAGAUACCUCAGAAUAUGCAUUUUGUUGGCUUUCAAUACCAGAAAUAGUGCUCGGCGGCGGGGCUUCGCCCCGCGAUUAAGGAGCGCUGCGAACUCCCCAAGACCAAGGGCGGGGAGUCUACAAUAAACAAUAAACGUCUUCCGAAAGGGUCAGAAUGUAAUAAAGAUUAAUUAUGUACACACACACACACACAUAUAUAUAUAUAUAUAAUUU